UGUUCGAGUUCGCACACCAGUUCCAUGGAGAAGGCUUCUUUAUUUCACUCUAUGGUCCAGCUUCAGUAAGGAAGACGAUCUGCGAGUCGAAGAAAAUCAAGCUGUUAUAACUAGAAGGGAGAAAGGGGGAAGAAAUUCGAGGUACCAUUUCAUUGUUUUGACUCAACUGUAUGAUUUGAAUUUAACAACGUUUUGUCAUUAUUAGGGUUUAGAAUUUUUGGUUUUGAGUCUGUUUUGAUGUCGGGGAACGGUGAACAAAUCGACCUCAACUCUGAAGUUGAUCUGGGAGCUCGAGAAUUUGAAGCUCAUGGGAUUAAUCUUUCGCAUCCUGUUACCGUUUCCGUAAACGAGCAAAGCAAUGGUGAAAAUCGGUCGGGAGAGACGGGAGAGGAUGAGGCCGUUCAAGAUCAAGACACCAGCAGCUUUGGAGAAGGGCUUUGUGGGUUGGAUAAAGGCGAAACCGACGGAAAUGUGGGAAAUGAAGCAGUCGAUGUUGAAUUUUUGCAGGGAAAAUCUAUAGAUGAUGUCAAGGGAACGGAAAUGGACCCUCCCGCAAGGAAGGGUGAAGCAUCGUCUAUGGCAAUAAAUGAUUUAUCAGAGUUGGAAAUGGAAUCUAGCAAGAGGAAACAUAUCUCAGAGAAAGUUGAAGCUUUGUGUAGGGAUGAGAUAAUUGUUGACGACAACGAGGUGGUGAAUGCUGAUGGGACACUAAAUGCUUCACCAAGUGACGCUUUAGCUUGUUGUGAAGCAAAAAGCCAGGUUGGAGAGGGACUUGCAUCAUUGAAUGAGUCUACAGAAGGUGGAGCCUACGACAAUGCUACGGCUGGGGAUGAAUCAAUAAUUUCUGUUGGUAUUGAGUAUAAUGUUGAAAGCCAGGAAGAAGGGGUUAGCACAAUGCAAGAUGAAUCCCACAGUGUACUUGACCAUAAGGGUUGUGUUGAUGAACGCGUAAACACGAAUCCUGAGGGUCCAUUUCACCACAAGGAUGUCGAUGGUUCGGGUUCUCUUCAUGAUAAUUCGGCAUCUGGUUCUCCUAAAAGUGCUGAGGAUAGAAUACAGUCAAUUAACAAGCUUGAUCAAAAGGCUGAAAAUAUGAUACAGAGCAAUGAAGUACCACCUGAAUUAGCCACUGAGGAUAGAACCGUGCCAACAUCGAACUACUCAGAAAAUCAGAGUGGGAAAGUUGAUGGUGGACAGACAAUUGAAAAUCCAGCCACUGGCAGUCAUAUUCCGAAGACAGGGCCUUCAACAGAUAUAGAUGAGUCAAAGUUGUUUGACAUUGUUGUUGAAGUGGACCCACAUGUUAGCAUGGAUGAAGAUGACAUGUCUGAUGACGACAGUGAAGACACAGUUGUGAAGUUCAAUGUACACGAUCUAGUAUGGAGCAGAGUACCGAGCCAUCCCUGGUGGCCUGGGCAGAUAUGUGAUCCAGCAGCUUCAUCAAAAAAAGCCAUGAAAUAUUUCAAAACAGGCAAAUAUCUGGUAGCAUUUUUUGGGGAUCAUACAUUUGCAUGGAAAGAAGCAGUGAUGAUAAAACCGUUUUCAGAAUAUUUUUCGGAGUUGCAGAAGCAAAGCAAUUCAGGAAGUUUUCACGACGCAAUUGAUUGUGCUCUGGAAGAGUUCUCCAGGCGAGUUGAGUUUAGCCUUGCCUGCCCUUGUCUUUCAGAAGAAUUAUAUUCCAAACUUCAAACUCAAACGCUCGCUAACGGAGGAAUCCGCAAGAAGUUGAGUAAAAGAGUUGGCGGGGACAUCUCUCUUACUGCAUCAUCUUUUGAUCCAAUGAAGCUUAUUAACUUUGUUAAGGAAGUAGCCAUGUCACCUUAUGCUGAAGCUGACAAGUUAGAGGUGGUUCGUGCCGAGGCCCAGUUGAUGGCAUUGAGUCGGUGGAAGGUCUACUCUGAACUGUCCAAGUACGAUAAACACAGUGCAGCGUUCAACGAUACUGAUCACAUUUUGGAUGUGAAAAACGAUGACCAAAGUGACUCGAUGGUGGAUAUAGCUAUAGACAUUAAAGAUGAUGAAGUGGCCAAAAGCAGGAAAGGAAGUUUGAAAAUUCAAGACAUUUCAGGUGGAAAGUGCAAGCGUAAAUCUGAGGAUUUAAAAGACUCUAGUAAAAAGGGUUCUAAUUCGACGUCCAAGAAGCCCCGUCGUAGCGGGAAGAAAGAACUGGGAUCUAAAGAGGAUGCUGACAAUGAAUUGAAUUUUCCUGUUUCAAGUACAAAAGAUGAGGUAGUAAGUUGUAACAACACUGCUAUCAACAGUCCAAUAACAAAUGUUGAAUCUGGGAAGACUAAUCAAAGUUUUAGAGUUGGAGAUCGCAUACAAAAGGUUGCUUACAAAUUGAAUGAGUUGAAUCCAAUACUGAAGCACGAUGAUGGAUUAUCUCAAAAAUCUGUUUCCAAGACGAGACGAGGCAGAAAGCGUAAGGGGAGUUCGGAACUAGUUUCCGGUGUGAAGACUGGAAAUAAGUCGACAAAGACAAGGAAAAGAAGAAAAGUUUCAGCCCCUAUAGAAACAUCUGAUUCUGAAUUUAUUAAGGACGCUUAUUGGACUGAUAGGUUAAUCCAGGGCAUUGCUGAAGAUGAAGUAACUUUUGAGAAUCAAAACGAAACUGAAGAAGGCCACAUUCAGACUCUGAGUGAAACGGUUAUCCCUACUGAACUUGUUGAACCAGAUUCAGAGACUUGUGUGGAGGAUCCCUCUCCCACUGCUCUGAUUUUAACCUUUACCGACCUCGAUUCUGUUCCUUCUGAAACAAGUUUGAACGACAUAUUUAGAAAAUAUGGACCUCUGUACGAGUCAAAGACGGAAGUAAUAAAGAAAAGUAAACAAGCCAAAGUAAUUUUCAAGCGAACUUCGGAUGCCGAAACAGCUUUCAGUAGUUCUGGGAAACACAGCAUUUUUGGAACGACCCAUGUUAGUUACCGACUCAAGUUCUUGGCUCCGAGCAAAGUUUCAUCACGUCUGACAAGGAGAGGCAGAAAAGAAGUGAAAUCUUAAGAACAAAGGGCUUCUUGGCUGCCUAAAUAUUCAGGUUUUAAACAGGUCUGUGCUACUUUCACUUUUAACUGAUGUCUGUUGUUCAAUUCAUAUCGAUAAUUUGACUGGGUAGAGUUUAACUUGCAAACAAAUAGGACAUGGCUGAUACUUUUUUCAGAGUAUUGUUAGUAGAGAUACUUGGAUUAGUCUGUACAUGGUAGUUUUUUCAUUAUGUAAAAGGGCAUAUUGGAGUGAAAUUAUGCCCUCAUGUACUGCUUUCUUGGUUUUAAUUGUAGGACCUUAAAUGUUGUAUUUCUGAAUCAUGGAUUGUUGUUUAAGGUAAUGUGUUAUAAUU